AAGGAAUUAUUGUCAUUUGAGUUCAGAAAGAAAACGGUUUGUACCAAGCAGUAUUUUUUCUGAAACGAAACCAACCCAGUUACUAUGAAGAUAGUCGCCAUAUUGGCGUUUGCCUUACUAGUUACCUUGGCCAAUGCACAAGGAAACUACAAAAAAGUUUGCUAUUUUGCAAACUGGCCAUACUAUCGCCCAGGAGCUGGGCAGUAUGGCGUGGACAAACUGAAUGCAUUCGAAUGCACCCAUCUGAUUUAUGGGUUUGCGGUUCUUGACAAAGUAACUUACGAGAUGGUAGUUUAUGAUUCCUACGUCGACAUAGAUCUAGGUGGUUACCAAAAGUUCACUGGGUUGAAAGCACAAAAUCCUAACCUUAAAACGCUGAUUGCUCUUGGCGGCUGGAACGAUUCGGCUUUCACUACUCAGUAUUCAGAAUUGGUGUCCGAUCCGGCCAAAAUGGCGAACUUCGUAUCGAAAGCUCUUGCUUUCGUUCGCCAGUACAACUUUGAUGGCCUGGAUUUCGAUUGGGAAUAUCCUGGGGACCCAGGAAAGCCUGAAGAUAAAGCAAAUUUCAUUACUCUCCUCAACAUGCUUCGUGACGCUUUCAAGCCAUACAAUUUGAUUUUAGCCAUGGCGCCGUCUUGUAGCAUCAAACGGGCUGAAGUAAGUUAUGAUAUUCCAGGUAUCGCCGCCGCCGUCGAUUUUGUCAAUUUCAUGGCAUAUGAUAUUCAUGGAUCAUGGGAAAAUACUGUUGAUCAUCACGCUCCUCUUUACCGACGUGAUUUUGAGCAAGGCGUCGAUGCUGUUAUCAUCUCUGAAGCAGUCGACUAUUGGUUGUCUAAAGGGAUGCCUGCCCAGAAGCUGAUUUUUGGAUUGCCCAGCUACGGUCGUACUUUUAGAUUAGCUAGCGCGUCACAAACAGCAUUGUUGUCUCCAGCUAUCGGCGCUGGCCCUCAAGGCCCAUAUACCGGCCAAGAUGGCUUCCUUUCGCUGUACGAGAUAUGUAGUUACCAACAGAGCGGCUGGACGGUAGUCACUGACCCAACUGGAAAAAUGGGGCCUUACGCCUACCAGGGUACUUCUUGGGUUUCGUGGGACGACAUUGACAUGGUCAUCACCAAGGUAAAAUAUGCCAUGAGUAAAGGUCUCGGUGGUAUCAUGUUUUGGGAGCUCACCUUGGAUGACUUUAACGGCGUCUGCCAAAUGGGUCCACGACCGCUCUCAAACGCCAUAACUGCUACACUUGAAGGACGCCCUUUCAAUACUGCUACUCCGGCUCCAACUCCAACUCCGUUUCCUAUAACAACAACCAAAGCCAUGACCUGCACAAGUGAAGGAACAUACUACGCCGAUCCUGCCAAUUGCAGCAAAUAUUAUCGAUGUGUUAACGCGAGAAUCCAAACUUAUUAUUGCCAGAGUAGUCUUGUUUUCAACUCUGCAAUUAACGUAUGUGACUGGCCCUACAACGUACCUGGUUGUGCUUGAUGUUUUAGAUUUUUGGAACGGGAAAACAAAUAUUUACCAAAAAAUAUUACCCAGGAUACAAUAAACAAAAAUAUCAGAUAAAAAAAGUUUCGCGAUCUACUCUUUUUUCUUAGAAAUUGAAACAUUUUUAAUAAUAAAAUAUUUGUGUCGAACCAUAACCGAAAUAUGACAGCUCUGUGUCGGUCUGUUAUUUAUAGCAGACGAUAUUUUAAAUAAAUACAAAAUUGGCAGUUUA